CGGUCAACUAUUCGCUCACCUUUACAUUAAUGUGAUUCUCAGUGAAGCGUAUAACACACUGUUCGGCGCGGUAUGAUCUCGCACUUUAAAGUUUGAAUAACUUCAGUGAAUACAUUGUAUCGGGGAGAUACUAUUACUUGAUUACAGUAAAUGAAUAUCAAACACAAAUACAAGAUAUCAAGAAGAAUGAAAGAUUACUCCUCGAAUAAUUAAGUCUCCAAAACAAGUUUACUUUCCUGAUUUUCCAGUAGAAAGAACUUGACAAAUAUCAGAAUGAAGUUACGACGCAAACACUGUCUCAGUAAAAUCGCGAUAGUCAUCACUUCGACUGCAAUUAUUUCACUUGUUCUAUGGGGAAAUGGGACCAGACCCGAAAUCGUGACAAAAGAAGUGGGUAGUGGACCGCUAGAUUUUUAUUUUCCAAAUCGAGUUGUUGACAAUUUCUUAAAUAGGACAAAAAUAUUAACACAAAGUGCUCAAAGGUGUCUUUCUAGUUUAAAUAAUAUUAAAAUUACUGCUAAUUAUACUUUGAAUAAUGUAUUAGAUAAGAUAAAGAUUAUUUUUCAAAAUGGCCACAUUGACGCGGUGGAUAAUAGUUCUCCUAACCUGCAACAUCCUCUCACACGUGAACAAACUUCAAAACUAGGGAACGAGCUUCUCGAAGUGAUUGUUAUCCCUCAUUCCCACAACGAUCCGGGCUGGAAAAAGACAUAUAGAAAAUAUUUUGAUGAUCAAACUACGCACAUUCUUAGCAAUAUGGUUGACAAACUGUAUGAGUAUCCGGAUAUGACAUUCAUUUGGGUAGAAAGUUGCUUUUUGGAUAUGUGGUGGCAAAAUCAAACUUCUGAAACUAAAGACAAAUUUAAAAGAUUAGUUCAAAGUGGACGACUUGAGAUCGCUUCUGGAAUGUGGGUGGCUCCUGACGAAGCCUCGCCGCAUUAUUUUGCUCUCCUAGAUCAGAUGAUUGAGGGUCAUUACUGGGUCAAGAAGAACCUUGGAAUUGUACCAGAAUCAUCCUUAAAUUUUGACCAGUUUGGUUACUCGUCCACUAUGCCAUAUUUUGCUAAAAAAGCUGGUCUUAAAAAUGUCCUUAUCAAGCGGAUACAUAGGGGUCUGAAGGAGAGGUUUGGUAGACUUCAGAACCUCAAUUUCAACUGGCGCCAGUUCUGGGAUCCAGAAGGAAAAGAUGAUAUAUUUGGCCAUAUUGAUACAUACGAAUGGAUGAGUAUAUCGGACAGCUGUGGCCCAGAUCGAUCUGUGUGUCGCGGUUUAGACUUUCUAUAUAUGCCAGACCUUCCGGUACCUGGAUCGUCAGCCGCAAAUAAACCAUUCCGAGCUGAUCACGCAUCGCAAUUAAUGGCACAGAAUUUUCACGACUUUACAGUAAAACUUGUGGAACAGUUCCGUCUAAAAGCUGCAAACUACAAGUACAAUGUGAUGAUGCUGCCUCAUGGCGGCGACUUCCGGUAUGCAACGCCAUUCGAAUGGGAUAAACAAUACAAAAAUCUUAAAGUAUUUAUGAAUUACGUAAAUGAAAAUAAGAAAAUUUUCAAUGUUAAUAUGCGGUUUGGUACACUUAAGGAUUUCUUCGAAGAAAUUGAGAAACAAGACCAAAUGUACGACCUGUCAUACCCGGUUGUUAGUGGAGAUUUUUACACCUAUACCGAAAGCACCGAAUACUGGACUGGUUACUUUACCACAAGACAAUUUGAUAAAAGACUAGGGAGGGAAGUACUUGAAGGGUUACGUGCUGCAGAAUUUUUCACAGCGCUAGCGCGGAGAGAUCCUCAUUUUAAAUCUCUUGAAAUGGAAAAGACAAUUUUGUCUCUCCUUGAAUCUGCAAGAAAGAAUCUGGGUAUCUUUCAACACCAUGACGCGAUAACGGGUACGUCACAAGCUCAUGUCGUCAUAGAUUAUGAACGUCUGUUAACUUCCGCUUAUACUUCAGUGCAGAGGGUACUUUCUAUGAUCUCAAUGUUCUUAUUAAAUCCGGAUAUUGAUUGGAACACAGAAAAGCUUCUUCCAACCUUGAAGAGGACAGAUUAUAAUGGACUUACCAAAAAGGUUUCUAUUCCUAUAACUACAACAGGAACAAAAAUCGUUUUAGUAAAUUCAUUAACGCAAGGAAGACGAGAAAUUGUAUCUUUAUUUGUCAAAGCAAAGGAUAUGUUUGUUUUAGAUCCGAAAGGAAAUGAAGUUAGGUUUGACAUGAUUCCAUCGACAGGGGAAAGUAAUGAGAUAAAAUUUGAAGUGGAUUUUCCACCUGCUAGUGUUUUAGUUUACACUUUAAAACGGCGUGACAACAUCAGUAAUACCAAAUUCGACGUGAAAUAUUCGAUUCAAAGUAAAAAGUCGGAGAUAUUUGGAAAAGUGUACUUUUGUGAAAACAAUAUAAUGAAUGUAACGUUUAACAAAGCUACAGGUUCGCCUGAAAUCGUUUGCUAUAAAAACAAAAACUUUUGUGCUGAAGUUAAAUUAGAUUGGAAGUAUUACCGCGGACAAGGCGGGGCUUACACAAUGAUGUCAAAUGGUAUGGAAUCGACAGCGUUGGUUGGAUCUUCAAAGGUGAAGUUUGUCAAAGGGGAAACAUUUUGUGGUAUAGAAUCUCAGAAUCAGUAUUUUUCAUUUAAAGUUAGUCUUCCUUUAAUAGACAGCAUAUCAGGCAAAUCAUUGAGGGUAGAUGUAAUGAGCGACUUGUCACGUGCAUCCGGUUUUGUAGGUGACUUAGCAAUGAGAGUGGAGACUUCCAUUCGUUCUGAAAAUAUUUUCUAUGUAGAUUCCAAUGGAUUUCAAUUGAUGGGUAGGAAAUUUAGAAACUCUAUACCCUUUGACGGAAAUGUUUAUCCGAUGUCCUCUAUGUCGAUGCUAGAAGAUGACUCAACCAGACUAAUUGUUCAUUCUGCGCAGCCGCACGGAGUAGUUAGUCGAGCUUCCGGUAAAAUUGACUUUAUGUUGGACAGAAUUGCUAUUAGACCGGAAAUGGAUCUUCCAGAGGGCGUGCGAGAUAACAAACCGACAGAAACUGUUUUAUAUAUAGAAUUUGAAUCGUCAACGGAAUUUGAAAAGUUAAGUACGACCGAAACGGCACUUCCUUCCAUUAACACUGUAUAUCUUAGUGAUCUAAUUCAGCAUCCAAUAUAUAGUUUUUACUCAAUAGAUGAACUAGUUAUUCCAAAUCAAAGCCAAAGCUUUUUAAACCAUAAAUUACCUUGUGAUGUAAUUAUUGCAAACGUCAAAAAUCUAUUGGACAGUUCGUCGAAUCCUGAUGGGACGUCAUUAACACUUUUUCGACGUGCUAUUAGUUGCAAGGGAAACACAGCAGAUAACUUUUGUGAAUUACGUGAUCCAGUGAAUCUACAUCCCGGAUAUAUACUUAAAGCCAAAUUUGAUUUAGUAACUGAAAUGUCUCUUUCACACUUGACGCCAAAAGAAGUUUUAAAGGAGACUGAUUUGGUUUUAUUACAACCAAUGGAUAUCAAAACUUUCUAUAUGCGAUAAUGUUUAUUUCUGAGAUAAUUUAUUAUAAAUAAUACUUGUAUUUUCAUAAUGUAUAUUUACAUAAUGUUAAUUGUUAAUAAAGUUAUUACAUUCGA